AUGAGUUCCAGCUACAAAGGAGGUCUCGCUGUAGGCGGCUCGGCGCUCGACAAAUCGAAGCUCCAGCUGCGACGUCCCACCCCUGAUAGUGAUGUCUUGGCAUCCAGCGACGAUGACCGCGAGCACGUGGCACCGGUCGUUCGCCCAGCCCCUGGUAUGUAUCCUGCUGCCCGUCGCCCCUCUUCAGGCUGGCUCCAGGAUAUCCAACCCAAUCGGAAAUUCUCUUUGCCAUCAGUGUCGUUUGCUGGAUCACAGCCGACCACGCCAUCACUCGAGCUGCCCCAACAGUCUAGGCCUAGCACUUCCGCAUUUCCGUGGAACACUCCGUCGUUCACCACGAGUACAAAUAGCCGCCUAAAAGAGGUCGCUCCCUCUCCCACUUCUGCAUACGCUCCCGCAGACAAGUCUCUUCCAUCCCCAACCACUCUUGAAGCAGACGACGGUAUCGGUUUCUUGCUCAAUCAACAAGCCCCAAAUCCUUUCAGGAAAGCUGUUCGAUCCCAGUCUUAUAGCAUAGGACAAGGCGACAUUGAGCAUAGCCCAGUGAGUCGCUUCUCCCGCCAAACACCCAGUUCCAAUCUUCGACACCGUCCUUCCAAACCAAGCCUUCUUGGUGAGCCUGCAGUCGGCCUCUCUCAAUUGCGCGAAGACGAAGCAGACGAGAUCGAGUCGUCCAACGGUUCGGAACACGGAGUACGUCUGCCUGCCGGGUACUGGGAGCGCGAGCAAAAACAAGCUCUACUCAAGCAAGCCGCCAUGGAGAACGCGCGUGCUCGCAACCGUGCGACAUCGACCGGCUCUCCCGUGUCGCAGUUGCAGCAGCAGCAGCAGCGUCGCAAGACUACUGCCGGCCUGCGAGGCACUUCGUACAACAACACCCCAGAGUACGCUAUCGAGGAGCUCGAUGAUAGUGAGUCAUCCUUGACCCGCCACGCCCCCGGCCUCACUCGUCGCUUCAGUGAGCACGUCUCUAUCCUCAACCGCGACCACGAGGUUGAGAUCAUCGACAGCCCCCAGAAGCCUCAGUGGACCACUGGUAAUAUCUCUCCAGCUGAGGUGGACCUCAGCCGUCGCCAUUCAGUUGCCCAUUACCCUAGCUAUAACCUCCCGAUGCAGCAAUCCACCCUGAGCAACACUCAAGAGGAGGAUGAGGAGUACAUGUCUCCUCGUCAAACCACUCCUGCGGUCGACGACCCAGAGGAUUUCGAUCCCGCCGCCUACUUCACUGGCUACGGUCCUGCAUCUCGAGCAAUCAACUCAUCAGCCAUCUCCGCAGCCCACCCUGACCCCGUCGUGCCCAACACUGCAAUGUCGGCGGCCAACCCUUACGCUGUGCCCCACCUCAUCAACCGUCAAAAUCGACGCCUCUUCAUCGUCACCUUCAAGUGCUCUCGCGCAGACAUCUAUUACAUCUACGAGGGUACUGGUCUGGAAGUGCGCCGUGGUGAUCUUGUCAUCGUCGAAGGUGACCGUGGGGUUGAUCUCGGUCAAGUCACACACUCUGAUCUUACCAUGGAGGAUGCCAAGCGUUUUAAGAACGAGGCCAACGACGAGCACUUCCGAUGGCUUGUCAUGUUCUCGCAGUACUCCCUGGCCGGCACCCAGAACGACUCGGGUAUGCUUGGUGCCCUUGCGCGUGCCAACGGCUUCCCCAACCCCAUGAGCCGGACCGUCUCUGGCCAACAGGAUACGGAAGUCUUCAAGCCCAAGAUGAUCAAGCGUCUUGCCCAGGCACAUGAGAUCUCCGGUUUGCGCGAGAAGGAAGGUGGCGAGGCCAAAGCAAAGCGUCUCGGUGCUCAGAAGGCGGCUGAUCACAAGCUACCCAUGGAGAUCUUGGAUGCCGAGUAUCAGGCUGAUUACCAUAAGCUCACCUACUUCUACUACGCCGAGUCCUAUGUCAACUUCAACGAGCUCGUCACCGACCUCUUCAAACAGUACAAGCCGGCAUGUCGCAAAUUCCGCCACCUUCUGCCAUCGGGCCCUGGCGCGAUCCUGACUUCCAACACCAACGGCCCUCUAGCUGUCGGACCUGGCUUCGGCUCUAGCAACACUCGCGGCAACCAGCAGUAUCCUCAAGGACGCAACCACGGUGCUUAUGGAAACUAUGACGACGCAUUCCAUGCCUUCUCCCACCAGAUCCCAGCAUAUCCGAGCCAGCCUUCGUACGGUAUGCAACCCUGGGCCCACAGUCAGCAGAUGUCGCCCCAUGUUUACCGUGGCUACUACCCGAACGUUACCGCGAGCGGUAGUCCCAUGAACUAUGGCGGCGCCGCCUAUUACCCAUCGUCGACCUACUCUUCGUCCUAUGGUGGAGGAUAUGGUCCUACUACCUCUACGGCUAGUUAUGCUGCCCCGCGCAACUAUACUUCUGGUGCUGGCUCGUCCUUCUCUCCUUACACUACGGCUGCACAGUCAAGUUACACUCCUGGUGGUUAUCAAGGUGCGACCGGCUCCGGUGCCUAUGCUGGUGGCCAAACCGCUACCGCUCCUCAGCACCAGUCUGGCUUGGACCCGGCCUUAGUCAACGCUAUGCAGAACAUGUCAUUCAACCACUAGUAGGGGUUGAUAGACCUACUGCAUGCUGAGUUCUCUUUGAGGUUGGGGUUUAUCACUUACUGGUUAGCAUUCUACGGCCUUUGAUAGUAUGCGGCUUUUCUUUUUCAUGGAAGGCAUUAUGGUCUAACGGUCUCUCUUCAUUCUGCUUCAUUAUUUCGGUUUGGUGAUUUAGGGUAUCUUUCGGUGACAACGGCGGCCUUGCGAGGCAAGCUGUUUUCUUUUCCUUUGGCGUUGUGCUUCACUUUCUUUUACAAAAUUUCCUAAUCAUGAGUAUAUUCAUCAUUCCAUAGUAGGUGUUCUGCGAUAUGGGCCCUUCUGGCAGAAAUAAGAAAGCUUCGGCAC